AUGGAGUGCCAUUAUUCUGUGUGGGGAGUUUUGGCAUUUCUGAGUUUGGCUCUGAUUGUUUCAUUGAUACUGAAUAUUUCACACUAUAUGCAAAAGAAACAAGAAACUAAAGUGUAUAAAGACUAUGAAGACAACUGUCCAAGCUACGAUGACUAUUACACAGAAGAUGACCCAGUUUAUGGCAAUCUCAAUCAAGGGACUUUCGAGGAAUGUUGUUACGAGCAGAUGAAAUCCCAGCCUCAAAGGCCAGUUAACCAACUACAGGUGGAGUCUGCCAAUCAGAUGUGUUAUGCCUCACUUGAUCACAGCAUCAAGGGAAAACGCAGAAAACCAAGGAGAAAGAAAGACACUUCAUUAGAGGAGGAUGAAGAAGAUAGAUCAUGUAACCCCACCACGAUGGCUUCCAAAGUUAGCAUUUACCUCAAUAGCGAGCAGCUGGCUGCUGAAAACGUAGAAGCCAUUCAUGACGGUCCCAUCAGAUAA